CCAACUUGAGAAUUCUGUUGAGGGAUUCGAACCCACUUAAAAUGCAGACAAUCUGGUUACAGCGAUCCAGUCCGGACAUCCCAUGGGGGUUUCGACUCGUGGGAGGCAGAGAGUUCGGGCUGCCACUUUCUGUCCAGAGGGUGACACCGGGUAGUGUAGCAGCGGCUGCCCUCGGGCCUGGGGAUGUGAUUCUCAAAGUCGGUAAUGUCAUGGCAACCAACUUGGAACACAACGCCGCCCAGGAGCUGGUCAGACAAGCCACCAACAUUCUCCAACUGACCAUACAAAACUCAUUUAGCCCAAGGGAGCAGGGAGAUACCAGGUUCAACACUGGGCUGCCCUACCAGCCAAGCUAUCAGAAGCCACAACAGUCAUACAACAACACAGCCCCACAAUCCUUCCAGAACACGUACAGCUCGCCACCUGCCCAGCCAGCCUACAGUUCUGCUCCUCGUUCAUUCAGUCCUCCAUCUUCAGGACCUCUGAGUCCACAAAAUCAGCCCAGUUCCACGCCAGUGUACAGCAAAAGAGAACCGACAACGCCCUCUAGCAACCAAUACAACCAAGCACCUGUGUACGGAAGCAGUAGCAACGAGUUCGAUCAGUCCAACAUCCGUGGCCCUGGAAGCAAUACGUAUUCGACACUGCCCUACUCAAAGCCAUCCUACAACACACCAAACAACGCCUACAACUCACCACAGUACCAGGCUCCACAGAAAGCUUACCAGCCAACACAAGUCAACGCAAGUCCUACAUAUGAGCCUCCUGCGGCGUUUUCGAGUUCCCAACCGAGAUCCUACCAGAGCCCGUUAUCCCCAGGAUCCUCGUCCGGAUACACUGCUCCUCCAGCCCUGGUUCGACGGGUCAGCUUUGAUCAGGACUUUCACGAGAGUGCACCAUACACACCAUCGUCCAGCUACAACCGGGGUCACUACAAAUCUCCCCCACCAACCACCAACGACAGCCUUGGAUAUUACGACUAUGGAGUGACCCCCGCCAAGCCUGCAAGUUUUUCUCGACAGUCCUCCAGACAGGAAGACCUAACCAACGCGUCGCCUUACUCUCCCCAGAGCGGACCCUUGAGUCCCCGAUCGGAGUCGUCUGGCUAUGGUUACAGUGGAAAUAGAGGUGGAUACGACCCAUCAGGUGUGAGCGACGCCAUGGAAAAUCUCAACUUUGCUUCAACCCCUAGUUAUCAACCUCCACCACCACCGCCGCCACCUAUUGCAGCAGCACCUCCACCACCACCGCCCCCUGGACCUCCACCACCACCAGCACCUCCUCUCAGUGACUGGAGCUCCACACCUACUAAACAGGAGCAGGAGCAGCAGAAGAUUCCAGAUCAACUGCUCAACACAAUGCUCAAGUCUGCCAAAGGUGGAGGCCCCAAACCCUUCUCGUACGGGAUCGAUCUCUCCGAGCUGAAAAAGAAAAUUGGACCCCCAACAGCCCCCAAACCCAGGUCAGAUCAGCCUAACUACGAAGAGGACGAAACGGAUGUACCUAGACAGUACAGUGGGUCCCACAAGAAGCCGGCCGGCCUGGUACAAUCCGACUACUACCAGACGCGACAAACUGGGCCUCGAUCGGAGAUAGACGAGUCGCCCAUCAACAUCAACAUGGGCACCGACCCCAAGAAGCAGUCCAAGUCCUUCAAGGUCCUCCAGUGGAUGACCGAGACAGACAAGGACGAUCCUGAAG